GUCAAUUUUCCGGGAUUUAGGAAGAACAUCAACUGAUAUUGUGACAUAACAAGGGGCAUAUCAUUACUUAACAUGUUCAAAGGUGGUGAAGGUUGAAGAUAAGUUGGGAUGGUCCUGCUUAUCGCUCUCGGAUCUCGGCCUAUCUCCAUCUGCAAGGGCGCACGGCCUGAACAUUCAUCGCCAAGGAGGGGCGCCAUCCCCUCUUUUAAAACCCCAUUCCCACGCUCUUUCUUCACCAAUAUACACUCUCAUCACUCACCCUCCCGCUACUCACCUCCCCUCUGAAACGAAAAUCAUGUAUACUCCCCGAAUCGGCGACCGGCUCUCGAGCCUGGAUACCCCCUCAAUGAUCGUCGAUCUCGACUUGAUGGAAUCCAACAUCCAGAAACUCUUCUCCGCCCUCCUCCCCACAGGACUGAACAUUCGUCCGCACCUCAAAACCACCAAGUGUGCUGCCCUAGCAAAGAGGCUCGUCGCCGCGGGUGCCAAAGGCUGCUGCGUUGCUAAGGUCUCAGAAGCCGAGGCCAUCACAGCCGCCGGGUUCGAUGACAUUCUGAUUACAUGCGAGAUUAUCGGCGCUCCGAAAGUCCAGCGACUCGUUGAAUUGGUGAAGAAACACCCGGGGCGACUGCGUACCGUGGUUGAUAGUGAAGUCGGGGCUACGGCCAUUAAUGAGGCAUUGGAGCGGGAAGGAAUAACGACGCCCUUGGCGGUGCUGAUUGAUUUGGAUGUGGGGCUGCACCGUACGGGCGUGGCUGAUGCGAAGGCGGCAUUGGCCCUGGCGAGACAUCUGGCUGGGCUGAAGCAUUUGAGGUUGAUCGGAGUGCAGGGGUAUGAGGGACAUGUGCAGCAUAUGCAUAGUUAUGAGGAAAGACGACAGGAAUGUUUGGCAUCAAUGAAGAUAUUGACGGAAACGGCGGAGGCGCUGCGCAAGGAAGGCUUCCAGAUCGAUGUGGUUACUGGAGGUGGGACGGGAACGGUGGAGUUCUGUGCCUCUGUGCCCGGGGUGACGGAGUUGCAGCCGGGGUCGUUCAUAUUUAUGGACACAGAUUACCGGAAUGCGAUUGGAAGGGGGUAUUCGAACAGUUUGACGUUACUGUCGACGGUUGUCAGUCGGCAAGGGGAAAGACAGGUUACGAUUGAUGCUGGAUUGAAGUCGUUGACUACGGAUAGUGGGUUGGCAGAGUGCAAGGAUUCCAGAUAUACUCAUCAGAAUUUGGGUGAUGAGCAUGGUGCGCUGAGUUGGGACGAGGGGACUCCGGAUCUGAGAGUUGGGGAUAGGGUGGAGAUGGUCCCGAGUCACAUUGAUCCGACCAUCAAUUUGCAUGACUUCUAUUAUGCUCAUCGGGGUGGAGUCAUUGAGGAGAUCUGGUCCGUGGAUGCUAGAGGGAAGGUUCAAUAGAUAGCGUUCUUGGUAUAGAUUCUACUACCGACCGAAUACAAUUCUUCAAUUGAGUACCUCUGC